AUGUUGAGUGAUUUGAAAUAUGAGGAAUUUGACUUUGAAUUCGAGAAAAAGUAAAAUUGGCUAGAAUUGUGUCAUUAAGAAUUUGACGCCUUUACAUGUUCCAAAUUAUCUUUUGUUUCAACCGAAGACCUUUUAAUUUCAGAAUUUCAGUAUGCAGAUCACAAUUAUAAUUAAGAGCAGUUUAAUGAUAAUUGUGAUUAAAGUGCAAAUACGAUUGAGAAAGAUACAGAUAAAGAGAGAUAUGGACUGUAAUAUGCUUCGACUAAAUCCUUUGAAUUAUCAGAUUACCCAGUUUCGGAGGAUUCGUUCAGACAUAAUUCAGGGUCAAUAGAGGAGUCAACCCCUGGAAGACCCCAUAAUAAUUAGUCGGUUCUAAAUUAAUAAACUUUUAAUUCCCAGACAAGAUCAGAAUGCAAAUAAAAAUGCAGCAAAACUAUUAAGAAUCCGAAUAAUAAAUCACUGCAUAUAUUAGAAGUAUUAAACUCAAUCAUAUCCAACUUGGAGACACCAAACCAGAUGGAUUAGAGCAAUCAAAAUUAUAACCCUGCUUUAAACAAACUUAGAAAUCCAUUAAAAUUGAGUAAGAACUCAAAAGUGAUCUUUAAAAGCAGCUCUCAAAGCAAAUUCAAGAAAAUAGUCAAGGCCGUUCAUUGUGGCCACUCAAAUGACUAAUAUUAUGCGAAUGGUAUGUGCAGGAACUGCUACCACCGUGAGGGGAGAAAUAAACGGGCAACGGAUUGUCCACACUUAGAUAGGAAAUUAUAUGCAAAGGGAUAGUGUAAGAAUUGCUAUCUAAGCAUCUAUCAUAAGGAAAAAAGAAAGAAAAGUGGGGGAAGAAAAUACAAGAAAUCUAACAAAACAAUAUUUAGACAACCAUAAUAGUCCAUUCUAACUUAGUAGUGA